AUGGACGCCCUGCCUGUUUUCUUGCCUCAACGGGCCUUCGGGCCUGAUGAGAGCACCCAGAACGUUGUGAAGGGCUCAGUGGCACAGGAAGAAGGAAGUCUCCCAGCACCACCAGCAGAAGCAGCCACCCAAGAUGAUGCUGCACGGUGCGAAACCUUCUUCUUCAAAGAAGCCGAAGUCGUGCUGCAACAGCUGCAUACCCUUUCCAACCUUACGCAUGAGGCAGCAGUACUUGUUGCUGAAGAUGCCACGUCAGAGGAAACAACACCUCCAGCACCAUCAUCACCAGUAACACAGCGUGCACCAACACCAGCCACAGCAGCCCCAGUGAGAGCCACUACCCUCCAUGCAAAUGGCUUUACGGGUUCCACGGCCUCCACGGCCGACAUACAAGCAACACAAGCAACAGCCGUGGUAGGGACAGGAGCAGCACAGGUGGAGCAUUUAACGGUGCUGAGUGUGGACUUGUGGCUGCAGCGGUUUUCCAGCACCGCUGCAGCGGUUGUCCAUACACUUGAGCGGUAUCAGGAGCAGCCUCAGCUUCUAGACCCUUAUCUCCCUCAGCAGUUGGACCUCCUUGUCCAGCCCAUCAGGCGUCACUUGUCCCUACUUACACAGCAUCAGCAACAACAACAGAGCAAGCCUGCGCGUCGUGGAUGGCAAGCAGCAGUGUCUUGCUGUUGUGUCCGCAUGCUGCUGCACCUGGUGUACGUGCACUGCAAGGUGAGGGGAACUAAAGAAAUUCGAUCAUUGUUGCCGCAAGAACCCGAGCUGCUGGAGCAGGUGUUGGCGGCUGCAUAUGCCCUGCAGCAGCAACAACAUAACCGUGGAAGUGACGACGCAUCAUCUGCAGGGAUGGCACAAGAUUCAGCAGGAACUGCAGAAGCAAGGGCAGAAGCAGCUGCUGUUGCAGUUUGUCUGAACAGCGCACCGCUGUGGAGUUCUGUCUUUGCGCUCUUCGCUUGGCUUUCGCUCCUGGUGCUGGCACCCUUCAGUUUGUUGUCUCUAGACUCCAACAGCAAUACAAACCAGCAGCAACCACAGCUGCACACCCAGCAACAGUGGAAUCAGGGGCUCCAGCAGCGAGAGGAAGAGCAGCAGUUGGAGCUGGCUGGAGCAGCAGAUGCACCUUUAGGCUGGAGACUACUGCAUUUGGCUCUUUGCAGCUUCUCUCAAGAUUCUAAGGCAGCUGAUGCUGCUGCGCUACUGCUGCAGUCCCUUUUCCGAAGGCCAGACACACAUCAGCAAGAGCAGCUUCUUUUACGAACCUUCCUUCGCCACUGCGAGCUCAAACUGUGGAGCCUUGACCAGCAGCAAGAACUGCCGCCGCAGCAGCAGCGGCACGAGGGGGCGUCAUUCGCGGCCCUGCAAAAGGUGCUAAAAAUACUUCGCUCAGAAGAUGCAGCCCCACUGCUUCCCAGAAUCCAGCGGCUUGUCUCGGCGCAACAGCAACAGCAACAGGAGCAGCUGGUGGCAUCCGCUCUGUUCCGCAAGCAUCAGCUUUCUUGUGCAGCUCGCGUCGCACUGCUGCUGUUGCCAAUCCGGCAGGCCAGAUGGCGCUACUGCGUAAACGCCCGCUCUCUUGAAUUGCUGCUUCAGCAGCCGAAGAAGCACCAUGAGCAGCAGGAACAAGAGGAAGACGACCAAGAAGCAGCAGGCAUUUCCGAAGAGGCUGCGGCAGCGGUCGAGGUAUUCGUUUCCCUUGCUCUUCAACGCCUCGCCGACUCCGACAGCCGAGUUCGUUGGACAGCAGCAAAGGGCCUCGGGAGGGUAUCUCUGGCGCUUCCGAAAGAAUUUGCUGAGCAGGUUUGCUGUGCAGUGCUUCAGAACUUUGAGGCAGAGACCCUGCCGCUGUUGCCGAAUGCAGCGAGCGGUCCAGCGGGCGAAGAAACAGGAACAGCAGUAGCAGUAGCACGAGAGGGGACGGCAACAACGAGCAAUGACAGUUUGUGGAGGGAGAAUAUAUCAGGGGCUUCAUCGGCUGCUGGAGAAAGGCUAUUAAGCGGCACAUGCCUCGCGAUUGCAGAGUUGCUACGGCUGGGGGCAGUGCAACAGCAACAGCUGCCGCGGGCGCUUCGUUUCUUAUGCCGGGGCGUUCUGUACGCUGGUCGAGUCAGUAGUAGCAGCAGUGCUUCGGGUGCAUGCGUCAGGGAUGCUGCUUGCUACGGGGCGUGGGCGUUUGCCCGCUCAUACUCAGCAGCAUCAGCAGACUUGCACCUGCGACGAUGCCUGGGGCGGCAUCUGCUACUUGCUCUGCUGUUCGAUGAUUCCAUCAGCAUUCGUCGUGCUGCUGCUGCAGCAUUUCAAGAGAUCGAAGGAAGACAAGGACAGCUACAGCAGGGCCUCAGUAUUAUUACCAUCGCGGACUAUUUCACUGUCGGCAGUAGACGCAGCAGUUUCCUGACAGCGGCUCCUGCCAUUGCUGCUCUCGAGCCUCAGCUAAUGGACCAUCAACAGCAGCAACAGCAGAAGGAACAGCCUCUGUCUAUAGUUCUACUGGAGUAUUUAUGCUGCCGGGUGUACAGGCACCCCGACCCACAAAUGAGGCAACUGGCUGCUGCCGCAGCUGCGCGGAUCAUUCCCUUCGCAAAACCGUAUGCGGCAUCGGUGCUGCUGCCGCUGCAGCUCCAGAGGCUGCAGCAGCCGAGCGCCUUUCUUGAAGAGUUGCACGGUGCCUACCUGCUGCUCGCCUCCCUUGUGGAAGUAUUGGCAGCAGCACCGAGUCCUGCUGCUUCCCAUGCAGCAGCAGCUGCUGCGGGGCGUGCAGCAGCAACCCAACCUGUGGCAGGCGUUACUGCAGAGCUAGGCGGGGAAGGCGGCGGCACAGAUACGACCAGAGUUUCCCCCGCAGCAGUAGCUGCAGCAGCAGCAGCAGGGAUAGUGGAUACAUGUGUACAACAGCAAGUACGGAACAGCCUUGUUGUCUUUGAAAAACAACGGCCCUACAGAAGGAGAGGGGGAGACCUCUUGAGGGAAGCAGCCUGCAGCUUCAUGACAUCCAUUGCAGCAAACAGCUCGUGGGCCUUUCGAUCGGCGACUUGCAACAGAUACUUGGACUCUUGUUUCGACAGCCUCAAGUCUUUUGCUACCUCUGUUCAGUACGCAGCAGCAGAAUCCAUCCGUGCUCUGCUCCUGCACCGCAUGCUGCCUCAGGAGGUGCUGCAGCAAAUCUUGCCCAAGCUGCUGCUGCUAUUGGAGCAGCAGCAGCAAAACGUCGCUGCCCGCAGCGGAUUCCUCCUUGCUCUGGCUGCGCUGCCUGCUCCUGUCUUUCGACUGGAACUGCAUCAACAGCAGGUAGCGCAGCAGCAGGAAGGAAACGGCACAGGGGACGGACAGAAGAACAGAAGGAGGCAGCAGCUGUUGACUGUUCUGCUUCAGGAAGCAACGGCUCUGGCUCCUUUAGGGUGUCCAUCUUUGAAUGAUCCAAACACCAGACGAAAUGCCUUGUUAUGCCUUUCCUCCCUGAUAGAAGCAGUUUCCCCAGCGCAUGCAGCAGCUGAAGCAACAGCAGCUGAAUCAGCACAGCAAGAUUCAGGUGCCACCACAGCAGCAGCAGCUCGAGAUGCAGUAUUAGCUGCAGCGAUUGUCGAUUGGGAAGCCAUUGUGAGCUGUUUGGAGGCGUGCGCUGCGGAUUAUUCCGUUGAUCAGAGGGGAGACGUAGGCAGCUGGGUUCGGGAGGUUGCUGCUGAGGUUGCAGCGCUCAUUUUAGAAUCAUUCCCUUGCUGUUGUUGCAUGAGAACCAGCAACGGCAACAGCAGGAGAAGCGAUGGUACUGUUGCCACUGUUGAGCAGCAAUUGGCUGGGGAACAGGAGGAGCCGCCUGCUGCGGUUGGGCCGAACCUGCGACAACGGCAGCAGCUGCUGCAGUUGCUGCUGCGGCUGUCCUUGGAGAGCCUCACGCGGACGCGAAGCAGAGCUGCAUUUCUUCUCAGCCGUCUCCUCGCUCCACGGGCAGCUGCAGCAACAGCAGCGCAAAUGUUCAAAGCUCGGUGGAUAUGGCAUCGUGUUUUGUAUGAAGUUGCUUACGAGUUCGCCGCGCAGCCGCAUGUGGACGCUGCUGCUGUAGCGGCUGCGGCUGCUGCUCCCAACCACCUCGACCCGCGCUGCUGCUGUACUUCCUGCGGCAAGAAUAGUGGCAUCGGCGAAAGCAAUAGCAACAGCAGCAGGUGUUUGAUGUCUCCGUUUGUGCCGUCAGCAAUGCCGCUGCUUCAGCACGCCUUCGGUUUGCUGCAGCUGAGGCAGCAGCAGCUGGACGAAGGGCGGUCAGAGGAGCCGUUUGCUCAGCAGCAGCUCUCGUUUCUUCCGCCGGUGCAGCAGCUGCAGCAGGACACCAACAGCAUGAGCAGAAGCGGGAAGGAAGAGGCCAUUGCGCGGUCGUUUGUGGAGGGUGGUGUUGCGGCUCUACAGCGUACUCACAAGGCAGCAACAGCUCUCCGCUUGCAAGUAUUCUGCGAUGCAUUCCAGGUGUACAGGCACAUUACACCGCUGCUGCUGCUCCGACAAUUUGCUGCUGCCGCUGCUUCAGGAGCUGCGCUGGGCCUCGGCGCUUCUCUCGGUAGCGCAGCUGCCAGCAUACAGGGGGGGGCUUUCAGCGCUCUCCUGCUGGCAGCUCGCAUGGAGCAGCAGCAGCCGCAGCAUCAACGGAGUAUUGUAAUUGGAGACGAUAAGGCAACAUAUACGGCGUUGCUAGCAGAGGCGUGGCGGGCACGGAAAGAGCAGGAACAGCAACAACUGCAUCAUCACCACCAGCAGGGGCGGGGUACAAAGGAGCAAGGGACGGUUGCUGACGUCGGCAGUGCGCUGGUAGACGUGCUGCUCAGUACAUGGGAGCAGCCUAGCAACUCAGCAGCAACGGAAACGGCAGCGGCGGCAUCAUCAGGACCAACAGCGAAGGCUGGCCACGCCGAGUAUAGGAGGAAGCUACGGGAGGCAGCAACAUCUGCAUGCGCUUUGCUGCUGCAAAACAACUUCGUUGCAGCUAUAGACAUGCCGCGGCUGUUGCAGGCACUACGGCACAUGGUGGGGUGUCACAAAGGCAAAAGCAGUAGCAGCAGUAGAAGCACGCGGAACUUCGACAUGCUCCGGCGCACGUGUAUUUUGGCGGUUUCACUUGCUGCUGCGACGACCUGUACCACCCCAUCAGCAGAAGCAGCAGCAGCAGCAGCGCACGCGCAGCGCGUGAGCGCAUGCAUAGUCAUCAACUUUUUGAGGCACCCGUUCCCGAAGUUGAGGGUGGUGGCGGCGGAGCAGUUAUACUCGUUUUUGCUGUCGCUGCCCCCAGAAGAUCAGUCCUGCCCACAGAAGCAUCGAGAAGAAGAUGAAGAGGAGGUGCAGCAGCAGUUGGCAUUCAAUAUCCCGCAGCAAAAAAUCGACAAGGCUGUAGAGUUACUUAUUACCACUCCGUGGGUGCAGAUAAUGGAGCUGGAUGCACAGCAGCAGCAGCCGGUGCAGCCGCAUACGCAACUAGUGCAGUUUCUGAGCCUUGAAGUGGAGUGGCGAGAGUGUGAGAUGUUGUACUUUUAA